AUGGACUCUCUGCACGAUUACUACCAACCCUACUCCUGGCACCAAUCCCACGAUCAGGCAACUGUUAUCUUGUUGGUCCCAUAUGAGACCCUUGAGGACGAUGUCUCGGUCGUUAUAGAGAGGAAUUAUCUAAUAGCUGGUGUACGUGGGCAGAACCCCAUCGUGAAGGGGCAACUAUACGGCAAUGUAGACACGACGAACUCCAUGUGGCAACUUGAGCCACGAGCUCUACGUCUGUCUGGCCCCGCCCGCGAACGUACAAUCUCAACGACGUCAACAGCCUCUACUCAAUCAUCAUAUGCACUCGUCUCCGACCCUGAUAUUUCUAGCAGUUUUGCUGCCUCUUUGGAACAUGGUCUUCUUUCUGAUAUUGAUGACCCAGCAGCGUCUUCCCCUGCGCUCUCGUCGCCCAUCUCCUCAUACAUAGAUGAGCACAAUGGAUUCCCCUUAUUCCCUUUGCCACACCACGGCCGAUCUAUUGCAUCGUAUCCCGCAUCACCACCCACCCAUGCGCCCCCUUUCAGCUUGACUUCUUCCUAUUCGUCAGUGGAGUCUCUUCAUGUCGCAUCAGGAAGACUACUCACCUUACACCUCGAGAAAGCGGACUCCGUCAUUUGGCCGUCCCUAGUUGUUGGACCAGUACCUGAGGGCCUUUCACCAUCUCUGCUCAGCUGCUAUCCGUGGGCAUCAGCUUCCUCGCAGACGGUGGAGUCAAGAUUCAACAUGGACCCUACCAGUCUGGUGCUGAUUGCACUAGAACUAUAUGAUAUACGUCAAUUGUAUGAGGAUGCUUUUGAGUAUUUUGUGCGAGCAUGGCAUCAAGCCCGGGUCCCUUCUGCAACGAUUCGCCUUGCUACGCACUACCUCCCAGCACAAUCCGCCUCCUCUUUCUCGACCGCUGGCACUGACAACUUGGAGGUGCCCAACUUUGAAGCAUCCCCUCCCACUCCUACACCUACUAUCUCGGAGACCUCUUUUGCUUCACCAGCUCCGGGCACACCAGAAUACUACCUAGACCGUAUUGGCGGCCCCUCCGGCCUUGCACAGCUGUUUUUGUCGGCGGGCGUGCUCCACCUCGAGGGUUCUGCUACACCACUUCUUUCCUCUGCUUAUGCUGGCCUUUCUUCUCUACGUUCCUCGUUGACCAUUAGUGGAAGCACGGGCCGCGGAUACGAUACUGGCGGCAGUCCCGCGGGAGCAGAGGGAUGGCGUCGGGACAGGGAGUGCGCGCGAAGAUAUUUUGAACGCGCACGCGCGCUCUUACCAUCCCUUGACGUUCCUCUCCUGCCUCCUGACACUGACUCGGAUCCAGGCUCGGGGGCGGAGAGUGGAGAUCGCAGGAGUCCAGCAUCUGGGUCAGCCUCACACUCGGACACCAGAGCUAGGGAAGAGCAGAAACUGGAGAUGCCCUCGAUUACCAUUGGCGAGGAUCCGCUGUCGUCUUCCCGUCAACCGCGUCGGCGGCGAAGAAAGGGCUCAAGAGAUCUCUCAAGCUCGUUUAUGGACAAUCAUCGUGCCACGGAGGACGAUGACCGGACAUGGUAUUUGUACAUCCCAGGAUUGGUCGGAGCCGGCACGGCAUUGUUGGUAGUUGGGUUUCUGUCCUUCUCGUCGUGGCGGAAAAGUCAAGGAAGUUCAUAA